AUGAUAAUCUACGAUAAGAAUAACCCCAUUUUCUUUCUUUUUCUUUCUUUCUUUCUUUCUUUCUUUCUUUCUUUCUUUUUUGGGCCAUAUCUCUCCUCGUUUCUUUCGUCAUUUUGUCAGAGAGUCGUCGUCAUCAUCAAUGUCGUUUUUGCUGGCUUCAUAUCCAUUAAUUAUCAACAUCACCGCUUGCUGUCGGAGGCCGUCGUCAUUGUCGUCGUCGUCGCAAACGCGGCCAAGGCGAAACGGAACGCGGUUCGCGGUUGUUUUGAUGUGUGCAUCCCGAAACGGCGGAGAAACGGGGUCGAAGCGCGCGCCGAUCACCUAUCUAGCUAUCUCAUCCAAUCUGUUUAUAUCUAUCUAUCUAUCUAUCUAUCUAUCUAUUUAUCUAUCUAUCUAUCUAUCUCAUCCAUUUUGUUUCUAUAUAUCUAUCUCAUCCAAUUCUGUUUAUAUCUAUCUAUCUAUCUAUCUAUCUAUCUAUCUAUCUAUUUAUCUAUCUAUCUAUCUAUCUAUCUCAUCCAUUUUGUUUCUAUAUAUCUAUCUCAUCCAAUUCUGUUUAUAUCUAUCUAUCUAUCUAUCUAUCUAUCUAUCUAUCUAUCUAUCUAUCUAUCUAUCUCUAUCCAUUUUGUUUCUAUAUAUCUAUCUCAUCCAAUUCUGUUUUAUAUCUAUCUAUUCAUCUAUCUAUCUAUCUAUCUAUCUAUCUAUCUAUCUAUCUAUAUCUAUCUAUCUCAUCCAUUUUGUUUCUAUCUAUCUAUCUCAUCCAAUUCUGUUUCUAUCUAUCUAUCUAUCUAUCUAUCUAUCUAUCUAUCUAUCUAUCUAUCUAUCUAUCUAUCUCAUCCAAUCUUCUAUUUCACUCCGUUCAUAUCUAUCUAUCUAUCUAUCUAUCUAUCUAUCUAUCUAUCUAUCUAUCUAUCGCAAUCUGUUCAUAUCUAUACAUUUAUUUAG